CAUGGAGUUGCGGGAAAAAUCUCCCGCGCUUUGAGUGCGCACUGCAGCUAGGCCUCUGCUGCAACCUUUUGUCCGCAUGGUCCGGUCAUACAUGUCUGAGAUAACCGUCACUGAUAAGAAACUGCAUUGCAACACCAUUGUUCUGUUUUCAAGAAGUGUAUAAAAUUGUGUAAGGAACAAAACUAAUCAUGGGAGAUUUUAUAAAGAUUGAUGAUGAUGUCAAAGGCUACAAUCUGAGUAUGUUCUGUGUGCCUAGACAUUAUGAGCAAGAUUUGGAGUCCAUCCUUAUCCCACAUGGAGUCAUUUUAGACAGGACAGAGAGGCUGGCACGAGACAUUGUGAGUGACAUGGGCAAAGACUCGCUGGUCGUGCUCUGCGUCCUGAAAGGGGGCUACAAGUUCUGCUCCGAUCUGCUGGACUACAUCAAGGCCUUGAACAGAAACUCAGAGCGAUCAAUACAGCUUGUGGUAGACUUCAUACGCCUGAAGAGUUAUGAGAAUGACAAGUCAUCUGGGGAUAUUAAAGUCAUUGGUGGAGACAAUCUCUCAAAUCUUGAAGGCAAGGAUGUCCUCAUUGUUGAGGACAUUGUGGAUACAGGGAACACCAUGCAGAAAUUGCUCAAGUUGAUUGGAGAGUACAAGCCGGCUCUGGUCAAGGUUGUGAGUCUUCUGGUGAAGAGGACGCCACGGAGUGUUGGCUACAGGCCAGACUAUAUUGGCUUUGAGGUUCCUGAUAAGUUUGUUGUUGGCUAUGCACUGGACUUCAAUGAAUACUUCAGAGAUCUAAGUCACAUCUGCAUCAUCAAUGAAGAUGGGAAGAAGAAAUAUGCCAUUUAAAACGAAGGGCGUUAUAUUUCUGCUGUUGAUGUGUACAUCUGUGGUCUGCAGCUGUUGCUGUAUUCCCAGUAGAAGAGGGGUAAUUAAUACAGAUUAAUACUUUGAUCUUAACUGAAAUAAUUUAUAUUUACAUUCGUCUUUAUCUUUAACCCUAACAGUCCCAUUCAGUAUAAUUUUACAUACACCCCUGAGAGUUAGGGUUAAUGAGGUAAUUUGAAUGUAAGGAUGAUAUCUGCAAAAGCCCUGUAGUGCCAACGAGUAUGUAUUUUCAAAAGUGAAGUAUAUUUUGUCGAAGUCCGCUUUUAGGAGAGAUAUUUUUUCCAACUUCGCUUUUACAUUUUUUUCCAAAGUUCAUUUGUUCGAGACAUACAUUCUCCAGUUUGUUUUGAUGAGAUCUAUAGUUAGAAACAUUUUUUCUAUUUUUGGUAACAAAUCGUUUUUACGAGAUAUUUUGGAUGAAGUUUUGUUUUUCAUGAA